UCCUCUCUGCUCCAGGAUGGAUUUGGGUGGCGUGUGCUCUGCUGGGAGUGUUCUGAGCGCUCUGCCCGCCUUGCUGCCAGCGUCACAUUUCCUUGUCCCUCUGGGGACCCUUCAGGCUCCUGGAGGUGCAGGAUGACUCUGUUCGACGGCGUCUACCCCUUCUACCCGCAGCACAGGAAGGCUGCCGUGUUUGACAUCAGCACCAUCAUAGUCACCGUGGUGUUCCUCACGCUGGCUUGCUGCUUCCUGCUCAUCAUCCCGGGCAUCCGCGGCCGGGCGAGGCUGUACUGGACUCUCCGUGUUCUCCUCAGCCUCUUCGUGGGACUGGUGAUUGUCGUUGUGCAGUUCACAGGGGACUGGGAGCGUGGCUGGGUGCAGGCCAACACCUCCUACAAGUCCUUCAGCCCCGCGCAGGUGAGCGCUGACAUCGGGCUGCACAUCGGCCUGGCCGGGCUCAACGUCACGCUCAGGGGAAACCCGGUGCAGCAGAUCAACGAGACCAUCAACUACAACGAGCACUUUUCCUGGAGCUUUGGGGAGGAUUAUGAGCUCAGCUACAGCCAGGGGCUGCACAGGGGGCUGCCCAGCCCCAUCCUGUACGUGGCAGAGAAGUUCAGCGGGCAGAGCCCCUGCGGGGUGCACGGGCAGUACCGCAUCGCCGGGCACUACGCCUCAGCCAUGCUCUGGGUCGCCUUUUGCACGUGGAUCAUCUCCAACAUCCUGCUCUCCAUGCCCGCCCUGGUUUAUGGAGGAUACAUGCUCCUGGCCACAGGGGCCUUCAUGAUCUUCUCCCUGCUCUCCUUCUCCACCGUGAGGAACUCCCCGAUGUGCCCCAUCCAGAUUGGGAGCAGCACCCUGCACGUGGCCUAUGGGGGAUCCUUCUGGCUCAUGCUGGCAGUUGGCCUGCUCUGUUUGGUGGCUGGGACCACCGUCGUGGCAAUGCACCACCUCAACCUGGACCUGCUGAAAACUUUCUUUGAUCUCCGUGAGGACAAAGCAGAGGAGCACCAGGAGCUGCCUGAGGUGUUCAUCAACCCUCACUUUGUGAGCAAGAGCCAGUCUCCCUCUGAGCACACUGAAAUCAACAGUGUCUAGCAGAAAAUCCUCACUCUUCCCCUGAGGAUGGACCCAAAAGGGCAGAACAAAUCCUCCUUGAUGUCCCCAGAGAUGCAUUUCCCCAUCCAGCUGCCUUUGAACCCACUCUGGGAUGGGUCCUUGCUGGCAAGCCCUUCCCAGGCUGUGUCUCCUGUGAUCUGUGCCAGAGCAGCUCGCUGAGACUGGGGCUGCACACCCACCUGGGCACGCUGUCCCAGGAGGAAUCCAUGUCCUUCCUGCUCCA